AUGAGACUAUUAAAAAACAAUUUUUUUUCAGCUGUCGCUAUUGUGAAUGGUGGAUGGACCGAGUUCGGGGCCUGGGGAGCAUGUAGUGCUAAUUGUGGAGGAGGAAAACAAGAACGUUCACGAACAUGUACCAAUCCGCCUCCGUCAGGGGGUGGGGCGCAGUGCUCGGGGGUUGCGAAAGAAGUGAGGGCUUGCAACACCGACCCUUGCGAAGCAGUUUCAGGUGAGAAAUAAAUAAGCGUAAUCAGUAGUACCUCUGCACACUCGAAUGGGAUUUCCAAGUUGUUCAGGCAAUCGUACAUCACCCUCUCCUCCCUUUCCCUUCCUGACAGAUCUGCACUGAAGUAGCACCUUGUGCGCACGCUGAAGCAGCACUUUGUGCGCACGCUCAAAUAGCACAUUGUAUGCACGCUCAAGUAGCAUCUUGUGCGAACCGUCGAACAGUCGAACACCAACCUGAUUUUCUCGGCUUGAUGGGUUACUACUAUUUGCCAUCGUGUCUCCAAAAAUUGCCGUAUGAAUGCUAUACAGUUUAGGUUGAAAGUCAGGUGGGGUUUUUUGGGUUAGAGAGGCUGCAAAUGAGCGAAAAUAGGCUGCAAUUUAUUUCCGUCAAGCUUGAAAAGAUCCGUCAGCAAGGCAGGCUGAUAUCGCUAAUCGUUUUAUGCGCUCACAGGUUUGUUCUCUUCGAUACAUUUCAGUUAAUGGUGGAUUCUCUAAGUGGUCUGAGUACUCCAAGUGUAGCAGGACCUGUGGUAAGGGAAAGAAAACUCGCUCCCGUGAAUGCACCAACCCACCCCCGUCAGGGAAUGGAUUGCCUUGCAAGGGAAGUUAUUCGCAGACUGUAAAAUGCAAAGUGCGGUCAUGCAAAGGUAUGAAAUACAAUUAACAAGGAGAGAAUUUAGGUUUUAGAAAUUGAAUCUCUGCUGAGGCAGAUCUCAAUCUCAAUUGGUUUGAUCCUUUAAAAUAACUAAAUGGCCCGAAAAACAGUAGCAAGUGUCCGCACUCGUCGAACUUCUUCCUAUCGAAGUUGCGAUAGGUAAUUAUGAGCUUGUGACCUAUUUUCUCACGCGACACAGUAAUUCUGUUGACUGCGCUGUCACCAACUGCGAUAUCAUUUAAUACUCCCAAGCUAGAUAAAUUGGUCAAGGUAAAGAGUGACGGCCGAGCCACAUGAAAUCACACGUAACGCUUCAGAAGCUUAAUAAAUAUAUUCCUGCUAUUAUUUUUUUAACAGGAAAGGGGAAAUAGUUGGAGUACAUGGUAAGAAAGCAUGUAAAUGUCGUAACUAGUGUAUCGGAAAAAAAGAAAGCGAUUGUUCGUAGUGUUUUAGAGUUUUACAGUUUGUUUUGCGAUGCAGUUGUUUUGAAGUGACUUCAAUGCUUCGGUUGCAGUGUGCUUUCCUUUUUCACAGUCUGAAGUCUACUAGUUACGGGUCACCUAACAGAGCACUAUGCUUUGCUCAUUUCGAUCCUCGCUGGUUUGUGUAUGGACGAGUUGUACCAUUUUUGGGCUUCUGUCAUGUACCUUUCUUGCUGCAGGUGUCGUUGGUUAUGGGCAUCAGUAAUAGUUUGCAUUUCUAUGUCACUCGAGUGGUACUUUUGGAAUUAAUGUCUUGUUUUGAUCGCCAUCAAUGAAUGUUACUAUCAGUAGAUUUUUUUUCCCCUCAAACUAAGGCGGGUGGUGUCAAGUGUUGGCGGGUGCUAUGAAGUCAGGAAACCUGGGUAUCACCGAUUCUGAUUGAUAUCCAAGAAAUUGUUCUUGAGGAAGAAAUACCCUUUGCCACGUUUUCACGUUUAGAUGAAGAUGUGAAAGUAACGUGGUCGUCCGCUUGAAAACAUCGCGUGCGCCAUUUUGUUUUAAAUGCUGAUGACGCAGUUUUACGCUUUUGUUCAUAACGACGUUUAUCAGACCAGGAUGUCCACUGUAACAAAGAAAGGACAAAUCUGAUGAAAUUUUUGUUGAUUAUUUUUCAGAUCCGUGCCAUAGUCAAGAAAAAUUGGGGAUACUAUAGAUGGGUAUUACUGGGGGUUUAAACGUUACACACCAUCAUCAGGGAAUCAUCGGUCCUACCUGAAUCAUGACAUGAUAUGUAGAGCAAGCUGUAAUAAAACUGACUUGGGGGUAAUAAAGAAAUAAAAAUAACACAUCUUGUGGUGAUGGCUCUUAAACAACUUCAUGGAUGAAAACGUUUAGACUGAGAUAAGAAAGGUGGAAAAUUUGGAGCUUGCCAGUCAAGGAGACCGAGAAAGAUCUUUUUUAGUAUUAUCACGCUCGUGGGACAAAGAAAAAAAAGCAGAGUACCCACAUGACUUACAAGACUACAGUUUUUUUGAUCUUUCAGUUACAAUUAACAAACAAAUUUAAAAAACUUUUAACAGGUUUGAAAAGAAAAUAGUAACGCAUUUUACGUUGGCCCAUUGCAUAGCUAUACAAAUGCUUAGUUUAAAUAGUAAGAAGAACGAAACACUUACCAAACCAAGGAUAACUGAAGCUUAGCGCUUUGUAAGAAUUGAAACAGAUUUACAUUCGAUCCCAAAAUUGGCGUCAAGAGAAGGAAAAAAACAUGCUUUUUAUUUAGGAAAAACUCCUAGACUCCCUCAUCCCAUUUUCUUGGUCUGUCAUGCUGGCUUUUUAUAAGUAACUAAUGAUGAUAUUGAUUAAGCUUUCUUCACCCCACCCCCAAGGCUCUAGUCUUCCACUGACGCCCCCCCCCCCUCAAUGGUGGUCAGUUUUCUAAAGUCCAUCCUUUUAUACUCUAUUAGCGACAACUGAUCUCCGCUCCGUUCCCCCUGAACGAAAUCGAUAUGGUAUCGAGCAAACACAUUAUUUGAAUUUUCGUUUUCACGACAAAUUUAAUGCAGUACACCUCUGAGGAACAUUUCAUACAAUAUUGAAUUAUGAAGCGAUCCUGCCUUUUCUGGAAAGAUGUUCAUACACAAGCACAACCUUUGAUAAAGAUUUUGAGGUCUCUAUCAACCCUUGAUUAAUGGCAUAUCGUUAAUAAAAAAAGAAUAAUAUCAUGAUUUCGAAUUUUUGAGUGGGCACCUAAAACAUUUUAUGGACUAAAUGUGCCUUAUUGUUUAUGAAAGACGUUCGAGGAAGCAACCAAAAACAAAGGCUAUCAAAUAACAACGAAUUUCUAUGCAGUAAAAAAACAGUGGAGCAAAGGCAAAAAACUGUAACUAUGCGUUUUAAAACGGCUAUCUUAAAGUGACAUCAAUCAGUGACAACGAAAACCAUAUUGAAAACAACCAAGAAUAUCAAUUACCAUCUAAUUUCGAAGAAGUGAAAGAAAACGUCUUGGAACAAAAUUUGUUACCGAUUGUUAAGAAUUUAAAAAAGAAGCUAAUUUAAAGUACUUACCAGUGACAGAGGACACCACAAUGUGAUCUUGAAUAUUGUUUUCACCGCCCACCAAGGGAACUGUAUGAAAUAACUAUGGUCAAUUUUUUUCUAAAAGCUCCUGAAGGAAGCGACUAAAAAUAAAGAAUAUCAAUCGCCUACUAAUUUCUCAGAAGUAACUUCUUCUUAAGUUUUGCUAUACAUUGAUUUCACGCUCGGCCAGGUUCCCAAUAAAUACUUGAACCCAUGCUCCACCGUUUAGAUAGUAAUCGUGACCUCCCCCCAAGAGCUGUUACUUGCGUAACAAGGUAUUUCUGUUUCUUUUUCUCCUGCAAAGGCUUGAAGCGAAAAUGAGAGAAAAAAAGGAAAGGAAAAGCACAUUUCUCCGCCUUAAACCAUAACUUUUGGACUUAUUUUAUUAUAAAGGCAUCGAGCUCUCCCAGUGCCAUGAUUUCAAAAGCUCUCAUUAAUUUGUUCCCUGCAGUAAUCCACAAGAAGUUAAAAGAAAAAAAAAAGCUACUCAGGUGUGGUUUAAUUUAGAGCUUACUGGGGAAGAAUCAUCGGACUGUUCCAUUCAUGGCCUCUACUAACGGAACCAAAGGCUGAAAUAUGCACAGAACAAAUCGCGUCAGCUGUUUUGCCACAUAAACGUAAGAAUCCUUUUUUUUAUUGAACGGUACUAAUAUUACUUACAAUACUUACAGUACAACUUACAGAAACAUACACUACUUACAAUUCUUACUCUACAUACUACAGUACUACUUAUACUGCUUACGAUUACAUACAAUACUAAAAUUACUUAGAAAACUCACAUAACUUACAGGACUUACUCUAUUAACAAUAAAGUUACUUAAAAUGACUUACACUGCUUAAAAUUAAAUACAACACUGACAUUACUCGCGUUACAGCCCUGCAGAAAGUUGAUUGGUGAUUGUUGCUCAUUCUCUCCUUCACUGAGAAAUGAGAAGCAUAAGAUCAUUACUGUUUUAUUAUUCACAAUGAAAAUUAUAAUAUUCACAUAAAAAAUUUCAGCAUCUUAGAAAUAACGCAUUUCUUUCAGCUUCUGUUCAUGGUGGAUGGGGUGAGUUCGGAGCAUGGGGAGAAUGCAGCGCCACUCGUAGAGGUGGAGUCAGGAGCGCUCGUGAACCUGUACCAGUCCCCCCCUGUAGCAUAAUCUUCAAAGAAGCAAAGGCUUGUGGGACUGAACCUUUCCCUGGUAGGUACCACUAAAAAAAAAACAGAUAAAACACGGUUACUGAAAUGAAGUUUUAUGCAUUGCAGAUUUUUUCUUACUUCUUUUAAGAAUUAUAUACUUUCCUGAUUAGGUCACAUCAAAAACGUCUAAAAUUAUCUUCUGAACUGAUCACUGGUGAAAUUUUCAACAUGGCUGUCUACUUCAGUAGAAACCCAGAAAUACAAUAAUGGGGGGUUUAAGAAGCUUACUUCACGCUUUCCUUAAUCUUAAGGUUGUUUUUAAAACAUCGUGCUAAGUUCUAGUAUUAUUUUUCAGUACUUAAUACCAAUACUCUACUUCUAUUCUUGAACUGAUAUUAAUAAUAACGCCGUGUAUAAAGGACUUCCAUGGUGUUCUUAGGAAAUUUCUGAUAAGCUGUAAUUUUAACGAGUUGAUUUGCGAGGGCUUGCAUCUUGAAAUUUUCGCAGUUGACAAAGGUAGGAGUGGGUUCGGAGAGUGAUGUCGUUCUUCCAGCCAUGCGGAGGCGGCUUUCGACCCGCGAAAGAAACUGUAUAAAUAUUCCCCCGGCUCAUGAAAGCGAGGAUUGUAUGGACAUGAACAAGGAGACAAGGGUAUGCAGCCAUGUCUAGUAGGUAAACCAUUCAGGCAGAGGUCCUGGUCCUGUAUUCAGGACGAUUAUGGAAUUUUCACAAUUUAAAUGAGAGUUUUGCUCUCUUAUUUCUUUUUUUAACGAUUUUGUUUUCCUUGAGUAAACCACCUUGAUGAUUUUCCGAAAAAUCUUUCGACCAAUCAAUCGCUUGGAUAUCGUCUAAGUUGUGCUGGCUGUUUCGAGACGAACGCAGAAGAAAUGCAAUCGACAACGAAAAUGUAGAAGCCUUCCUCAUUUUAGUCUUCAUGUGAGGGAUUCCAGCGUUUCAUUGCAUCUUCCAUCGCACCAGUCUAGCAAAGAAAUUUGAACGAUAAGUAUGUGCAUAAGGCACCAUUACGAUACUAGUCAAAGUUUUCUUAUUUAAAAGUCUCUAAAGCUGUAAUUGAGACAAGUUAAACUGAGAAAAAUGUAUUUCGUUUUGGCCUUUUUUUUUUAGUUGACUGAGGUUGGGGUGGAUUUGGACACUGGUGCCAUUGUGCCAAAACAUGCGGCGGUUGUAUUCAAUUCCACACAGGAACGUGCACAAAACCUCUCCCGACAAAUGGCGGUAGGGAUUGUAUUGGUAGGAACAAGGAGAUAAGGGAUUGCAUUAGGGAUAUGAAAGAUGUCUGUCGAAUGGGUGCUAAAUAUACACUCUAUAGGAAUAAUCUUUUUGGUAGUUUGAAUUAG